UCCUUCCACCUCUGUCACACACUUGCACACCACAAAACACGCACAUGCCAAGUCCCCCAACUUCACAGAUGACCACCGGCCUCCUCCUCUUCCUCCUCCUCACCUCCGCCCUCCUUCUCACCUCCUCCGGCGCCACAACAACAAAACUGUCACCUUCACCUCCAUCUUCGUCUCCACCUCCUCCGCAUUCUAGAAAAGCAGCACGUUCUCCGCCACGAUCACCUCCUGCACCACCACCACCAGCAGCUCCGGCGAACUGUACUGACGAACUGGUCUCCUUCUCAAAGUGCCUGCCGUACACUUCUUCAUCUCCGAACAACACCUCCAAUUCACCUUCUCGUCAGUGCUGCAAUGACGUCAUUUCCGCAUUUACCACCGGCGGCGCCGUCUGCUUCUGCUAUCUCAUUCAAAAGCCUAACCUCCUCGGGUUCCCUCUCAACUCCACCAAAGUCCUCUCUCUUACCUCUCUUUGUCCGACGAGAGAUCAUGGAACCAAGACUAACUUCUCCCUUACUUCUCUAUGUUCCGGAACACGUACUCUGCCUCCUUUAAAGAGCAUUACAAGUCCCGAUCACUCAUCACCACGCUUAUCUGGUCCUGUGAACCGUCCAACACCUCCUGCAAUCAACUUCACACAAGGCUCAGAGGAGUCGACUGCUGAUUCAGAUAGUCCAGCACCUUCCUAUUCAGACACUUCCGUACCUGCCGAUUCAGACACUCCAGCCGCUCCUGAUGGAUCGCAUCCAGAACCAAGGUUAGCACCACGUCUACCCUCAUGGAGACCUUUUUCCACUAGUGGUACCAAUAGCGAGUCUGGCUGGUUGCUCGCUCUCAUCAUGGUUGUUGCGGACGUUGUUGUUCCUACAUUGACUUGAUAGACGUAGCUCUCAUCUUGAUUAAUAUCUUGAUUGUAUAGAAUAGUUCCACAAGGUGAGUAUAGCAACAAUUGCACAGCUAAGGUGAAUUGUAUGGCAGGCAAAUUCUGACUUCUGUAUGUUUGACAAACUUCGAUUGAUUUUCUGAGUAUUAGCAACUUGAGAAAGCAUGAAUAAGGCGAUCACCUGAAAUGAAAUCAAUCUUUGCCUAUAUGGAUUUCCAAUGAUGUUACACUUUAAACUUUCAAUUGUUCUCUAUGGUUUGGUGGGCCAAUUUAAUUCCAGAGUUUCCAUUUAAAGUUGCAGCUACAGUUAAUCUGCUAACCAAUUUGAUUAAACAAAAGGCAAAUAAAAAACUCAGAGACGAAUUUGAAAAUGGAGGGGCAUUUUCAGAGCAGGAUACAUGACUGUUGUACUUGCCAUAACGCUUCUUAUUUCAUGUUACCCUUAGG